AUGGCUCUCGUUCUGAAAGCAGAGGCUCUCGCCGUGGCAUCAACAGUCUUCCGCACCACCUGGUGUUCUGAUUCUGCACAGGAUUUCCGAUGCCUAACGCUGUGGAGCAUGAAUGUUUCCGCGAUGCUCUUCCUCCUCUCCCUCAAGUCCCUCCGCUCAGGCAGCUACUUGGCGACUCUUGACACGGCCUGUACUGACAUAAAUUCAUGUCGCACACUCUUUAACAUCAUCUGGGGCUGUUUCAUCACUGUCUUUCUGACGCGGAGACAAGCUCUGGAACUGUGGAUUCGCUGGUACCUCGUGGAUGCAAACGGGCCGAUAUUGCAACGAAUGAAGCUGAUGGCAGUGGGCCUCCUCGCACCAGAGCUCAUCAUCGGUUUUGCAACCCGCCAAUAUACAAUGGCGCGCCUUUUUGCCCAAAAGUAUGACAUCUCUUUGACCCAUGGAUUCUUUAUCGUCAUGGGCGGCUUCAUCGACAUCGCUGGCCAUCCAAUUGCCACCGACAAGCAACUGUCCAAACCUGGGGUUGUCCACGCCAUCCGAGCUGUUCCCGAAACGGCCCUUGAGGAUAAGAGCAAGGGAGACAUCUUUUCGAAGGGAAUCGCACUCUGCCAAGGGCUGUGGUUCAUAUUGCAGUGCGUCGCCCGCCGGGCACAACAUCUCCCGCUCACCGAGCUCGAAAUUGCAACGCUCGCAUUUGCGGCCCUCAACGCCGUCACAUGGCUGCUCUGGCUCGCAAAGCCGCUCGACGUGCGCGAACCCCUGCAGAUCGCACUACACACGACCGACCCUCCCGCACUUCCGGUCCAUCAGGGGCAAACACUGGUGCCAGCGACACCUGGGCCGUCUGAGACCGCCAACCAUACCAGCUUCCGAAAUGACCUCCUCCACACGACAUCAGCGCAAUAUCUCUUCGGCGCGGUCUUUGGCGGCCUGCACUGUCUUGCCUGGGCCGCGUUCUUCCCGUCCGCUGCGGAGCAAUGGCUGUGGCGCGUGUCUGCCGUGCUGGUCACCACCCUUCCUGUCACUUUGAUCUGGUUCUUGUGGACGGUCCCGGUGCGGUAUAUAUCCCAAGACAUCGAUGACUUCGAGUCGGACUCCAGCUCGCUGGCGCCGUAUGUGACAACAUUGCGGGCAGUGCUUGUGAGGCUGGAUAUAGCGGCAUACUGCGUGGCCAGGAUCAUUCUGAUUGUCUUACCCUUGUCGACGCUGCGCUCAUUGCCCCCAGAGGCGUUCAUCGAUGUUAAUUGGAGCGCAUAUAUUCCACAUCUGUAA